GAAUUUCGUACGUGUCGCCAUCUGGUGUAUAAAUGAUGACAGAUUGAUGCAAGAGUUGGUUUUCGUCUUGUCAGCAACAUGAUUCCAUAUGCUUGGAUUGCGUCAACUUGUACAACUGAUUAAAACCGAGUAAAAAUGGCUUUGCCGACCGAAGAUGUGCUUCUUUAUUCCAUGUUAGCAUUUAUUGUGGUUGAAAAUUUUAUUGAAAUUUAUUUAUCACUACGUCAGGUUAAGGUCUACAAAGAAUCGAAAAAGGUUCCAGCUGAAUUGGUAGAUACGAUAAAACCGGAUACCUUCGAAAAGGCUCGUGUUUAUGGAUUGGAUAAAGAACAAUUUUCCAUUUUCAAAAGCAUAAUAACCGAUGUUAUCAUUGUGUCAUUGGAAUUCUAUUUUGGUUUUUUGAGUCUGGUGUGGCAUAAAUCACAAGUAUUUGCGCGUCGUUUUAAUUGGGAUCACCAGAACGAAAUUAUCAUCAGUUGCAUUUUCAUGAUCAUACUGAAUUCUUUGAAUUUAUUUAAAGAUUUACCGUUCAAAAUCUAUGGAACUUUUGUGCUUGAAGAGCAACAUGGUUUUAAUAAGCAAACGGCAAUGUUCUUUAUCAAAGAUCAAAUCAAAGGAUUCGUUGUUGGACAAUUCAUUUCCAUUCCUAUAUCAUGUGCAGUCAUUUGGAUUGUUCAACGUGGUGGCGAUUAUUUUUUUGUAUGGUUAUGGCUAUUCACCGGCGUUUUAACAUUGGUACUUAUGACUUUGUAUCCCGUGUUUAUAGCACCAUUGUUUGACAAAUACAGCCCACUUGAGGUUGGACCAUUGCGCACAUCAAUCGAAGAAUUGGCUGCAAAAUUGAAGUUUCCACUUGCACAACUGUAUGUAGUUGAAGGAUCAAAGCGUUCAGCACAUAGCAAUGCAUAUUUCUAUGGAUUAUGGGGCUCAAAACGAAUCGUUUUAUUUGACACGCUUCUUGUCAAUAAGGGAAAAACACAGACAACGGAAGGUGUUGAUAACACGAAUGAAACAGAAAAAUUGACUGACGAUGAACAUUCCAAAUCUAGAACUUUGCUUAAGCAAACAUUAAGAGCUGAGUCCGAAGAAAAAGAAACUGAAAAUUUCAAAGAAAAUUACAAUGAAAAUGUUGGCAAAGGUUGUAAAGAUGAAGAAGUUUUGGCUGUACUUGCACACGAACUUGGCCACUGGAAACUUGGACACGUUACUAAAAAUAUCAUUUUCAUGCAAUUCCAUUUAUUGCUGAUGUUCGUCACAUUCGCCUAUCUUUUCAAAUAUGAUCCACUUUAUCGAGCGGUUGGAUUUCGUGUUGGUGAACGACCGGUGCUAGUUGGUUUGCUUCUGAUUGUAUCCUACGUUUUAGGCCCAUACAAUGCAUUGAUCAAUUUCUUAAUGACAAUUGUUUCGCGAACAUUCGAAUAUCAAGCCGAUGCAUUCGCGAAUGAUCUCGGUUACAGCAAGGAAUUGGCCAAAGCACUAAUUAAACUGAAUAUUGAUAAUUUGGGCUUUCCCGUUUACGACUGGAUGUAUUCAGCAUGGAAUCAUUCACAUCCAACACUGCUACAACGUAUUGAUCGACUAAAAGAUAUCAACAACGAUAUAAAGAAGUCAAAUUAACCUAUUGUACUCCAAGUUAUAAAAAGAGAAAAUAAAUCAAAAGCAUUUCUAUUUUCA